AUGUGUAUGAAGAUUCUAUGCUUUCCCAGAUUGAAUCCUCUUUUUUUGAAGGCUCGCUUAAUCCGCAGAUAUGGUGCGGCCGUAGUUGUGAUGGCUUUCGACGAGGACGGUCAAGCGGCAGAAACCCAACGAAAGUACGAGAUAUGCGAGCGCAGCUACAGAAUACUAACAGAAGAAGUUGGUUUCGAUCCAUGUGAUAUCAUUUUCGAUCCAAACAUUUUAACCAUUGCCACUGGUAUGGAGGAACACUCUAACUACGGUGUCUACUUCAUCGAUGCCACACGCAUGAUUCGAGUGGGUUUUUCAAAGGCAAUUGCAUGCACGCUACGGGUUUGUAGCGCACAAGAGAGAUUUGGGAGUCCGUGUGAACGGGUGUUACAGUAA